AUGGCUGCUGAAAUGAGGAUGGAGAUGCCAGACUACAUCAACACACGAGUGACUGAAGAAAGGCAAAGCACAGAGAAGACAGAAAAUUCCCUUCCAGCUGGGGUUUGUAACCAGUUAGACUUAGACAACAUCAACUCGACCAAUGGCACUCUUAUGUCCCCUGAAAACUUCAUUGAGCUGCUUCAACAGAAGGACAAAAUGCUUGAGCAACUAGAAGAUGAGAUAACAAAACUUCAAAGUGAAAAUGAGCAGAUAAAGAGCGUUCUUGCUGGCAGUGUACAAGACUUCCAAGGCUGUCCUGUUGGCUGGUUGAAAUACAAACAGAGCUGUUACCAAUUAAACGAUGAGCGAAAGGACUGGGAAAAUGCCCACAAUGACUGUGUGGAAAAGAGCUCUCACUUGGUCAUUUUAGAUGAUGCAGAUGAAAUGGAUUUUCUUGACAGGUUUGAUCCUACGAUGUGGAUCGGGUUGAACCGUGAACAAAACGGUUCUUUCACGAUGUGGACUUGGGUGGAUGGACGCCGAUGGACCUAUCGUACCAAUAACUGGCUGGAGCCAAGUCAUGAGAGUUUGAACUGUGCCUACGCUGAUCAACACCCAACACUGCACUUGGUCCCCGCUUCCUGUCGAGAAGAACACGGCUGGAUGUGUGAGAAGGAGCUGAAAUGA